CGCUUGCUAGCCCGACAAGCUACAGCGUUACCAAUUAUAUCGGCCAUGGCCAUCGUUGGCUUGGCAAAUACUGCCGGCGAUCUCUUGCGGCAGCAUGGCAAGACCAGAGGCGCCGUCCACGACGACGACGACGACUACUGCCUCAAGGGCGUCAGGCACCUCUCCGACGCCGGCAUUACCCGGCUCCCCGGUAGGUACGUCCUGCCCGCCUGCGACCGCCCCGGCCGGAGCGUCGGCGCCGCCCCCGCCAGCGCCAGGGUCAAGCUCCCCGUCGUGGACCUCGCGCGGCUCCGCGUCCCGUCGGAGCGCGACGGCGUGCUGCGGACGCUCUACGCGGCGUGCCGCGACUACGGCUUCUUCCACCUGGUCAACCACGGCGUGGGCGCCGAGUCCGUCGCCGCGAUGCUGGGCGUGGGGGCGCGCUUCUUCGAGCUCCCCUUCCCGGAGCGCGCCCGCUACAUGUCGCCCGACGUGCGCGCCCCCGUGCGCUACGGCACCAGCUUCAACCAGGCCAACGACGCCGUGCUCUGCUGGCGCGACUUCCUCAAGCUCUCCUGCGCGCCGCCGCUCGGGGACGUGGUGCCGUCCUGGCCCGACUCGCCGGCCGACCUCAGGGAUGUGGCGGCCGCGUACGCGGAGGCGAGCCGGAGGGUGUUCGUGGAGGUCGUGGGGGCGGCCAUGGAGGCCAUGGGGAUCAGUGGAGCCGAGGACGGCGUGAUGGAGGAGCUGACGUCCGCGGGGUCGCAGAUGAUGACGGUGAACUGCUACCCGGCGUGCCCGCAGCCGGAGCUCACGCUGGGGAUGCCGCCGCACUCCGACUACGGGUUCCUCACGCUGGUGCUGCAGGACGAGGUGGAGGGGCUACAGGUCAUGCACGACGGCGAGUGGCUCACCGUCGACCCCGUCCCGGGCUCCUUCGUCGUCAACGUCGGCGACCACUUCGAGAUAUACAGCAACGGUCGGUAUAAGAGCGUGCUGCACCGUGUGUGCGUCAACUCGACGCGGCCACGGAUCUCGGUGGCGUCGUUCCACAGCGUGGGGGCGCAGCGGGUGGUCGGGCCGGCGCCGGAGCUCAUCGACGAGAAACGCGGCGGCGAACCACGGCGGUACAUGGACACCGACUUCACCACCUUCCUCGCCUACCUCGCCUCCGCCGAGGGCAAGCACAAGAACUUCCUGCAAUCAAGGAGGCUCGACUGACACUGACUUUUUGUUGCCCUCUCGACCACGAUUGGAUUGACUUCGAGCGCAAACGUCAUGUAUUGCUCCUGUAGUAAAGGGUAAAAAGUCAUGGUAAAAAAGUCAGCAACACCCCGGCCGAAUGGACCGUCUAGCUGUGACUACUCCAUGCAUGACCUCCGUGCAAAUUGGAGUAUGUUUCCAGCUCGCGCUUGGUGUUGACUUGUACAGUUCCUGAUGAUUUCCCAGGUGCAGUCUGAAUUGUAUGUCAUCGAAGAUGUAUCAAUUGAUGCACGCACUUGCA